AUGACGCCGUUCACUCAGCUGCUAAGUCAGACUCCCCGUCCACGCAUCAACGAGCUCUGUGCGCUUUGGGGCCUAUCCGCGUCCGGCAAUCUGAACGACUGUCGGUCUCGCCUGAAGGCGUAUAUGGACGACAACAUGGAUCUCACCGAAGACGACACCUUUGCGGGCCUCUUCACACAACAACAGCGGAACGAAUAUGCAGCGAACCCCUAUCCACCUGCAUGGGAAGGCAUUCAGCAGACCGAUCGCGCUGACUCGCCCCCUACCGCCGAUCAGGACGUUCGAGGCUCGUCCGCGACGCCCGGCAAUGAUCACGCCAUCCGAGGCUCGCCCCCCCUGUCUGGCGACUACGAUCGCGCUGGCGGACUGGGCCCCGUUGAUUCGGCGGCAGGCCGCGAAGCUGGCACAGCACAGCGUCAACUUCUUCAGUCCCUGCCCGUGGAAGCGCUGGACAGAUUGCUGGAUUCUUUUUUCAGCGGUCGGAUGAAUGACACUGCAGUUCCGCCGACCACCGUAGUGCCACGCCACAAUCCAGUUGCUGUUUCCGGAGUGCGACGUCGGCCUGAUCGCAUCCAGGGAUCGGUUUCCACCGACGCAGGCAUUCAGAUCAUCGAGCCCAUCCUCAACCGGUUCUUGGGGACUGGGAACAUCUGGGCGCAUCAUAUCCCGUUGCACCUACUCACCGAUGCCUUCUGCCGCCGAUACGGCGUUGGGGCAACCACAAAGGAUUUCGAUGACAAUCGCACGCUUGAUAAAGCAUCAAACACGGUGCUGACAAUCCCGAAAGACAUCCCCUUCGAGCCCGAACUACGCUUAUCCCUCGCCGAAUGGACUCAGGCAUGGAAACGCUUGAUGUACCUCAUCGAGCGUUACGUUCCCCAGGAGCUCAACCUAUGGCAGCAGCACUACUUCAAGAUUAUGCACUAUCACAACCGCGAGCGGGUGUGGCCAAUGCUCCUUGCAUAUGACUCCCGCGUGAGACGCGCAUCCAUCGUCGAGGCUCUGGACCCCUCUGUAUGGCAGACGAACAUCUGGGAAGACGUGAAGAUUGAAUUCGACGCCGAGAGGUUGGAUUUGGACGGAGUCAAGUCUUUCAGCGAUUCGCUUGCCCAAGGACCGUCACCCGGCGCUUCGGAGUAUAUGAGAAGCGCGACAGCAUGCAUCAACCCGCUUCCCGCUCAAAGGCCAGAUGCUUCGCUUGUGGUAGCCAGGACCACUCUUCACGAAGCUGUUCUGCCGGAUCUCUUAUCAACGGCAAGCCCCUGGUCAUCUGGUCGGACAAGCCCGGAGAGCCGCGGAAGGACUGACGCGGCAACCAAUUCUGCUAUGGCUUCAACGGCAAGAUUGGGUGCACAAUGGGCCGUAGCUGCAACCGACUCCACUACUGUAGCCUUUGCGGCGAGAAAUCCGGUUCACAUGGCGCUCAGGAAUGCGCAUCCGUGUGAUUUCCUUCCAGUUGUGACCCCCCUCCUGCCGGAUAGGUGGGACCGUGCGCUGAUGGAUGCCGGCGUACACGAUACAUUCCGUGAUGUACCUAUAGGUCUUCGGGAUGGUUUUAAUAUGGGCAUCACUUCCUCUAUCUCCAGAACGUACACACCCAAAAAUCACUAUUCUGCGGUCGCACAAGCCAACACCGUUACAAAAUACAUUCAGAACGAGCUUUCUAACCGACAUUACACCGGGCCUUUCUCAGCGACUCGACUGGAAGCCCUCAUUGGUCCUUUCAGAUCAUCCCCUCUGGGCACCGUGCCCAAGUCUGGCGCACCAGGGGAGUUUCGAAUCGUGCAGGAUUUCUCGUUUCCACGCAACGAUCCCUCACGCAUGUCCGUCAAUUCGGAGAUUAAUAUCGAUGACUUCCCAUGCGAAUGGGGCUCGUUCUCGGAUAUUGUCAUCCUCGUGAUCGAAGCUCCCCCUGGAACCGAGGCGGCAACUCUGGAUGUUGACGCCGCCUAUCGGCGUUGUCCCAUUCACCCGACGCAGCAACCACACUUUGUUGUUGAGUGGAAUGGGGUCUUCUACAUCGACCACGUGUGUCCAUUUGGAUUCACGAGCUCCGGGGGCAUUUUUGGCCGAGUUGCAGAUGCGAUGGCAGCAAUUUACCGCGCAAAAGGGAUUGGCCCACUCAAGAAGUGGGUUGAUGAUUUUGUUUUCUUUCGUUUUCCUUUGCAUGGCAGCCCGUCACCAAACCCAUAUAGCCUCUCGGAUAUUUAUGACGUGGCAAAAGACCUGGGUUGGCCUUGGAAGCAAUCCAAGACACGCGACUUCGCCUCGGAGUUCAUAUAUUUGGGCUUCCAUUGGAACAUCACCGACAAAUCGGUAUCUAUUCCAGACGGGAAGAAGUCAAAAUACAUCGCUAGACUGUUGUUGUGGACCCCCGAUGCAUCGUUCACUGUCAAGGAAGCCGAAUCACUGCUCGGAACACUGGUCCAUUGCUCUUUGCCACUGCCUGAAGGAAAGUCACGACUACCUGCAAUAUCGAAAUUUGCGGCAUCCUUCGCUCACACUCGAUCACCCUUCUCACGCCGAAAGCCAAACGCGACGGUCUUGGAUGACGUAUCCUGGUGGUUGUCUCAGCUGCAUAAACCGUUCUGCGGAUCUCGGCUUAUGAAACCGCCCUCAUUGUCUGGUAUACAAUUCUUCGUGGAUGCAUCAACCUCUUGGGGCAUUGGCGUAGUUUUCGACGGCGUCUGGCAGCGCUGGAGGCUGACACACUCCGCCUUACGCGAUGGUCGCGAUAUUGGAUGGGCCGAAAUGAUAGCGAUCGAGCUGGGCCUCCGUCUCGCAAUACAUCAGAAUCACUCCGACGUGCACUUCAACGUUCAUUCGGAUAACGCAGGGGUUCUUGGCGCCUUGUCAAGCGGAAAAUCUCGGAGUAUGGAACAGAACCGGGUGCUGCGCAGAAUCGUAGCUUUAUUACGGACGUCCUCGAUUUGGAUCUCGUGCACACCUCAGUUACCACCGCCAUCACGCGGUUCUCCCCCCGCGGGGUACCUACUGGGUACCCUCAGACGUCUUGCUGAGGGUACCCAGUAG